GCCUCUGAGCUUCAGGCUCUUACGGUUGGUGCCUCAGGUCAAAUCAUGAGUUUCUUUGUGGACAGUUCAUUCUGGAAUGAUUCGGAUUGGUAUUCUGACUUUGAAAAUUUCACUGGCACACCACCCACAGAAAAAUCUUAUAGCCCCUGUCACCUGGACACUGAGAGCCUCAACAAGUACGCUGUGGUUGUCAUCUAUGCCCUGGUCUUCCUGCUGAGCCUGCUGGGAAACUCCCUGGUGAUGCUGGUCAUCUUACACAGCCGGGUCAGCCGCUCUGUUACUGAUGUCUACCUGCUGAACCUGGCCCUGGCUGACCUGCUCUUUGCCCUGACCUUGCCUAUCUGGGCUGCCUCUAAGGCAAAGGGCUGGAUCUUUGGCACACCGCUGUGCAAGGUGGUCUCACUCCUGAAGGAAGUCAACUUCUACAGUGGUAUUCUACUGCUGGCCUGUAUCAGCGUGGACCGCUACCUGGCCAUUGUGCAUGCCACACGCACACUGACUCAGAAGCGGCACUGGGUCAAGUUCAUAUGCUUAGGCAUCUGGACACUAUCUCUGAUCCUGUCCCUGCCCAUCUUCAUCUUCCGUGAGGCCUAUCAACCACCUUUUUCCAGCCCAGUCUGUUACGAGGAUUUGGGUGCCAACACAACAAAGUGGCGCAUGGUGAUGCGGAUCCUGCCCCAGACCUUUGGCUUCCUCUUGCCCCUGCUGGUCAUGCUGUUCUGCUAUGGGUUCACCCUGAGCACACUGUUUCAGGCCCACAUGGGACAGAAGCACCGGGCCAUGAGGGUCAUCUUUGCUGUCGUGCUUGUCUUCUUGUUCUGCUGGCUGCCUUACAAUCUGGUCCUGGUAGCAGACACCUUCAUGAGGCUUCGGGUCAUUGAGGAGACCUGUCAACGCCGAAAUGACAUUGGCCGAGCCCUGGAUGCCACCGAGAUUCUGGGCUUCUUCCACAGCUGUCUCAAUCCCCUCAUCUAUGUCUUCAUUGGCCAGAAGUUUCGCCAUGGACUCCUCAGGAUCAUGGCCACCCAUGGCCUGAUCAGCAAGGAAUUCCUGGCCAAGGAGGGCAAGCCUUCCUUUGUUGGCUCUUCCUCAAGGAACACUUCUACCACCAUCUAAGACCCCCACCCCUGUUGCAGCCCCACAGGGCUCCUUCCCUCCUGCCAGCACCCAAGACUCAUGUCUAUGGGCUAGUCACAGUCUCUGUGUCAGGACAGCCCCCCACUGAGGUCACAGGAAGUUGCUGAGGCCUCAACCUCACCAGGCCCCAUUGUAUGGCUGAGAAAGCCUGCCUUGAAGCCUCACCCCUCACUGUAAUUACUAUGUCAUCUGUGAGAGCUCUGUGCAUUCUACCACUGAGCCCAUAGCACUCUGUCCUCAGAGACAUUUCAAAGAUACGCUUUAUAGUGAGUUCGAAAAGUUCCCAGCCUUGGGAGCUAUCAGUGGCAAACCCCACAGUUGCUUCCCUAACUCUCCCUUUCCUUGCUUGCUGGCCAAGUCUGCUUCCCUUGAGAGAGGCUGAAAAUGAUAUAUACCUCCACAAUUUCUUUAAGCCAGGAGUGGCCAUAUUUUCCAGUCUGACUAGGAAGACUUACAGGCAAGUCUGUGCUGGUAAAUCAGUCCCCUAGAGAAACAAAAGUCCUGCCUUGUAGCAUUUGCCAAGUUCUGUGUUAUAACUGCUCCCACCAUGGCAAUUUCAACGGUGGUGGUGUUUAGCAACCAGCUCACAAAAUUCUGGAAAACAUAGUAAUCUGCAUUGAGCAAAACAUUGCUUAAGAGGAAGUCUGGGGCCAGGGGACUUGUGGAAGAUACUCCUGAUUGAAAAAAAAGAGAGAGAUAUACCUUCUUGGAUCUUGCCUUUGAAUGUGGUUAUAGUAUAUGAUCUGCGGUAUAGUAUAUGACGUGGGGCACCAUUUUUGUGACUAUGAGGCAAAAAGCCUAAUACAUUUAGGCUGAUGGAGACAAAGGAUAAAAAGAAACUGAGAAUAAAGAGCCCAGAAAUAAACCUAAGCAUAAAUUGUCAAAUGAUUUUCAACAAUGGUGCCAAGACUAUUCAAUGGGGAAGGUUCAACAAAUGAUGCUGAGAAAAUUGGAAAUCCACAUGCAUAAAAAUGAAAUUGGUCCUGGCUGGUGUGGCUCAGUGGAUUGAGUGCCAGCCUGAGAACCAAGGGGUCGCUGAUUCAAUUUCCAGUCAGGGCACAUGCCUGGGUUGCAGUUCAGGCCCCCAGUAGGGGGCACGUGAGAAGCAACCACACAUUGAUGUUUCUCUCCCAGUCUUUCUCCUUCCCAUCCCGUCUGUUUAAAAAUUUUUUUUUCGACCUUUUACCUUAUACUAUGCACAAAAAUUAACCCAAAAUGGAUUGAAGACCUAAACACGAGAGCUAAAAUUAUUAGACUCUUAGAAGAAAACGUAAUGGAAAAGCUUUAUUUGGUUUGAAGUUGGGGAUGAAAUGAGCUUCAGGAAUGAGGUUUAGGUCAAGGUUGAGACUGUGAUCUGAGGUGGAGGUUAGAGUUGGAGAUGUGGUUGCGGGGAGCUGGGUGGUGUAACAGCUCGGGCUAAGGUGAAGCAUCAGAGUAUAGGGAGAGAUCCGGAAGCAGGAAAGGUUAGUAAUGAUGUGAGUGAGACAUAGGAAGGUUCCGGAUAUGGAGGGAGGCUUAGGACUGGGGUGGGUGUGAAGGUGUAGUGAGUCCCAGGGAGAGGUGUUAGAGAUAGAGUGAGUGGCUGGGAUGGGUUAGUGGCUACAACAGUAGUCACUGCUAUUUGGUCCAGUCAGUGGCUGGAACAAAAAGUCAUCACCGGUAGGGUCACCAUCUUCUCUGGAGCAUUUUCUGAAAUGUGGCCAGGAAGGAGGCGCUUCUUCCUGCCCAGCUUGAGAUGCCAAAUUCAUUGGUGAGGAAGGAGUUAGGGGCUCCAGCCGUAAGAGAUGGAUCUGAUUAGGGGAGAAGAUAGAAGAAUGUGCAAAGAAUCCAGGGAGGAAGGCUGGGAACAGGGCCUGGGAACCUCCCUUUCCUCUUCUUCCCUCCCCUAAGCCCCUUCCUACCUCUUCCACUGUAACCCCCAAAGUUCAUCUUCCUCCACCUCAAAGCCAACUCCAUCAUCGGCUUUGGUAAGUUAAUAAGAAUCUAUAUUGGGUCUGGGGAAAUACAAAUGACUAAUACACAUUGGAAAAAAUGCUUGGCCUCAUUAGUAACUUGGGAUGUGGGAAUCAAACAGCAAUAAGAUGACUUGGAAAUGUUUUAACAGGAGAGGAAUGGAGUCAGAUCGUCUCCAAACAAGUGCACCAUUGUUCUGUUAGAUUUGUUCUUGCGGUGCGGAAUUCUCUGGGUAUGGCUCAAGAUGUAAAUGAUUUGGAUUUUGGAUCUGUAAAAAAUGGGAGGAUGUGGGUACUGAAAUAGCAUGGUGUAUUGAAAUAUCAAAGACUGGUAUUUUGAUCACCAGAUAGGGGAAGGGUUAGAUACCCAGUGAAAGUCAAGGAGAGAGGUCACCUCAGGGAGCAGCUAAAUAUUCAGGAUGGUGCUGAGAUCAGGGAUGGGGUGCGUUUUAGGGGGGCAAUGGGACAUCGGCGACAGCAGAGAGUUUGGGACGGUUACAGGUGUAGCUGUGAACAAAACUAACGUUAUUUCUGUGUCCCAGACUUCUCCCACCUUUAAGUUUUAAUGUUGUGACCUUGAACCAACCUUACUGUGAUUAGCAAGCACGUCUGUGUUCAUUAAUGAUUAAUUUUAAUAAUUAAAACGAUUAAUUAUUAAUAAUUAAUGCUGCCUUAAUUAUUUUUGUUAGUAAGAGUGGGAAUCAUGUGAUACUGGAGUCAAAUAUAAACACUGAAACGAUGAUAAUGUCUAUGAUAAACCAUCAUCUAUCACAAGACCACCAGGAGGUAUGUCUCCUAGUGUGUACUGCAUUUUUUGUCCCUUUGUCUUGUCCAUCAUUAGUCCUUAAGUUACACUAUCAGAAAGUACUGUAACAGGGGCUGUUAGUGGAGAGUAAU